GCUUCUUCGGACUCAGUGGCAGUUGAUGAGAAGUCACAUGACCUGUGCCGUUUCCGCCAGCAAAAACAUGUUUGUGUGUUUUCAGGUCACAUGUCAUCGGGACAUGACCGUCAGAUCCCGCUGCUGGAGGAAGUCUUCCAGAGAUUCCCGGAGAAACCCAUCAAUAUAGAAAUAAAGCGAGACUGCGACGAGCUGAUAAAGAAGGUGUCGGACUUGGUGAAGAAGUACCGAAGGACGGAGAGAACCAUCUGGGCCAGUACCAGCGAUCCAGUCAUGAAGAAAUGUCGAAAGGAGAACCCAGACAUGCCUUUCAUGUUCACACCCCGUCGAGGGAUCAUCCUCCUCAUCCUCUACUACACCGGCCUCCUUCCCUUCGUGCCGCUGCCAGAGGCCGUGGUGGAAACCUACAUGCCGUCCAUUAUAAACAGGACGUAUUUCCCCCACAAUGCGCUCAUGAGGAACCGGUUUCUGGUCCGUCUGCAGGACAAGUUAAUGAUGAGGAAAGGUCUCUUCCAGCACCUGCAGGCCCGGGGCAUUCAGGUCUACCUCUGGGUGUUGAACCAGGAGUCAGAUUUCCAGCGAGCCUUUGAUUGCGGGGCCACCGGCGUUAUGACAGAUUAUCCCUCCAAACUGCACCGCUUUAUACAGAAAUGUGAGGGGGAGCAGAGGGCCCGGGGCCCGGAACCCCAAGAGCCUGCAGCAGAAGAAGGGCAACAACAUCGAUGCUGA